AUGCCUGAAGCCGUUGAUGUUCACCAUAUCAUGGUUGCAAGAGGCAUUGCGGGAGGUUACAAAUUCUGCACAUGUGCUCUUGUUUUUGCUAUCAUCAGUUCUCUUAUUCUCCUACUCUUGCAGAAUGUGACAAGUUUCUGCCAAGAUUUGAUGCUGGACAAGGCAGUUGCUAGUGUUCUAUGGAGCUUUUCUUUAGCUGGUUUCUUUUUGAGGCAAUUGCUCGGAAAGCAAGUUGAGAAAGAGUCUGUUGUAAUUUUGCCCGCUUUUGGGGUUCAGCUUGAGACCACUUACAGAAGUGGGAAAACAAUUCACCACUUUGUACCAAUUGGCAAGAUAUUGAAACCUGUCCUGAAUGAAUGUGUGACUCCAGUUACCUGCUACUGGAGCCUAUCUCUAAUUUUACGCAAUGAGGACGAACUUCUGCUGGUUUUUAAGGAAAUAUAUCCUCCUGUCACGAUGCUAGUUCCAGUCUGGAAAGCUCUUUGUGCUGCCAUUGACGAUGAAGAAUACACUGGCUUUCGUUCAGAUUGUGACUCUAGAUGA